AUGGCGACCCUUUCCAGUGUGGCGGCCGAUGCGGCAACAACCCCGUGGAAGAAAAACCUCUCUGCGACGCUCUGUUGCCCCGAAUGCAAGGAAGUGCCUCCCAACUUGGAGUUUCCGGACUCCCACGAGACUGUCUGUGGCUCUUGCGGCUUAGUUCUAGCUGAUCGCGAAAUCGAUAUGCAUUCCGAGUGGCGAACCUUUUCGAACGACGAUCAAAACAAUGACGAUCCUUCUCGUGUCGGAGAUGCCUCGAACCCGCUUCUUAACGGAGAUCAACUUGAGACUACCAUCGCUAGCGGAGCUACUGGUCGAUCCCGUGAUCUUUACCGUGCUCAGAACAAGCAGUCCAACGAGAAGUCCAACAAGGCCCUGUUGGCAGCAUACAAGGAGAUCGGUGCUCUCUGUGACGGCUUCAAUAUCCAGAAGAACGUGGCCGACACGGCCAAGUAUCUCUUCAAGGUCGUGGAUGAUGCGAAAGCUUUCAAGGGCAAAUCCCAGGAUGUGAUUAUCGCUGGGUGUAUCUUCAUUGCGUGCCGUCAGUGCAAGGUCCCACGUACCUUCACUGAGAUCUUUGCUGUGACGAAAGUCACUCGCAAGGAGAUUGGCCGCAUCUACAAGGCUCUUGAGAAAUUUUUCACCGCCCAAAAUAUUGAGCGCAACAACGCGUCUGGUGGUGCUGAUUCCACUGAUAACUACACUGCUACUACUUCGACCAAACCAAGCGACCUCUGCAGCCGUUUCUGCAACCUGCUCGAUCUUCCAUACUCGGUUACCAGUGUCUCCUCUUCGCUGUCUGACCGUGUCACAGCCAUGGGUGAUCUGGCUGGACGUUCUCCCCUGUCUAUCGUGGCUGCUUGUAUCUACAUGGCAUCGUACCUUAUGGGUCACCCCAAGUCUCCAAAGGAGAUUGCUGUUGUUGCUCACGUUAGCGACGGAACUAUUCGCGGUGCCUACAAGCAGCUGUAUGCUGAGCGUGAUCGCUUGAUCGACAAGGAAUGGAUCAGAGACGGCAGAGGUGACGUGUCUAAGCUUCCUGUGAGCUAA